AUGUCGGACUUCGUCGUUGUUUCGAGAGCUGAUUUAUUUAACAACAGCUCCAGUGAUGAAGGGCAAGAGCCAAACGAUGACUCAACAAAUUUGGAAGAAAUUUCAGGCGGAUUUGCUUACGAUAUUGUUGAUAUAGCGAAGGAAGAAGAGAAGGAAGAGGAAACUGGAGAAGAAAGCACAGAUCCAGAUGAAAAGAAAUCAAAUGGGACAGAAUUAUUUCCCAUGUUUUCGACAGACCCAACAGUUUGUAAUGAUAGCAAAUCAUCAGGUGGGCUUGUGAAAGUGAAUCUAGCGGAAAAUACACUUAGCGCUGAUUUAAUCGAAGAUGCGUUUGAAAAAGCGAUUCAUGAGCAGCAUAGACCAAAAUCGUAUUAUUUUGCCAAUAUAGAUGAUGAUACAAUGAAUAGGAUUCAACUUUGUGCAGUUUCAGGUGAGAGUAUCAUAGACAGGUUUCGGAAAACAUUAGUAAGCCACACAACGAAUAGCUAUAGAUUGAUAGAUCUUGUAUCUUAUAACAAAAAAGUUGACGAGGAGUUAAAAAUCGAAAAGCUAAGAUUGGAAAAGAAGCACAAAAGUAGGCCUGGCAAGAAGAAGCGAAUUGCAAAAAUUAAAGCGAAAGCAAUUAAAGAAGAAAGAAGAAAGUAUGCCUUGAAGCUAAAGAAAAAACAGAUUGUAGCUAAGUCAGCUUUCCGAAACAGAAGGGAUAUUGCUCAAAGAUCGCACAAUACUUUCAAUAGGCAAUUUACCACAGGAAAAAGAGCCAAAAGACCUAGAACAAGAGGUGGACGCAAGCACAAAAAAAGCAUGAAAACACAACAAGUCCGUUUUCGCACGGAAUAA